AUGCGCCUCACCCCCCUCCUCGCCCUCGGCGCAUCCACCCUCCCCCACCUCACCAGCGCCGUCCCAGUCCAAGACAGCCCACGCCAACGUCUCCUGGACGGCAAGCCCCUACCAGCCCGGUACCGCAAGGCCAACAACAACCCCCCUUACACCCCCGGCCACCGAGACCCGUACGACAGCGCGGUCGAUGCCAUCGGCGAGGGGCUUGACCCGCUGCCGUACCGGAACGGCCUGGGUGCCUCGGUGCUGGGACCAUGGAACCCGGACCGGGCGCGGCAGAAUGCUGAUUUGGUGCGCCCGCCGUCGACGGAUCAUGGGAAUAUGCCGAAUUUGAGGUGGAGUUUUGUUGAUUCGCAUAUUCGUAUUGAGGAAGGAGGCUGGACGCGUCAAACCACCGAGCGCGAACUCCCCGCCAGCGUCGAGCUAGCCGGCGUCAACAUGCGUCUCGACGAAGGCGCCAUCCGCGAACUGCACUGGCACAAAGAAGCCGAAUGGGCCUACGUAAUCGACGGCAGCGUACGGGUAACCGCACUGGACUACGAAGGCGGCACCUUCAUGGACGACCUCUCCAAAGGCGACCUCUGGUACUUCCCCUCCGGCGUCCCCCACUCCCUCCAAGGCCUCUCCCCCAACGGCACCGAAUUCCUCCUCAUCUUCGACUCCGGCUCCUUCUCCGAAGAAUCCACCUUCAUCCUGACCGACUGGCUCGCCCACACCCCGAAAUCCGUCAUCAGCAAAAACUUCCACCUGCCCCCCGAAAUCUUCGCCCACAUCCCCCCCUCCGAGCGCUACAUCUUCACCGGGUCCCAACCAGGGUCUUUGUCAGACGAAUUCCCCAAAGGCAAACACGUCAAAAAAUCCAAACACAACUUCACCCACCACAUGCUCGCCCAACAACCACUCAACACCACAGGAGGCCAAGUCCGCAUCACCGACUCCCACAACUUCCCCAUCUCCCAAACCAUCGCCGCCGCCCACGUUCUCAUCCAACCGGGAGCCCUCCGCGAAAUGCACUGGCACCCCAACGCCGACGAGUGGACUCUUUUCCUCCGGGGACGAGCUCGCGUAACGGUGUUCGGCGCCGAAGGGUCAGCGCGGACAUUUGAUUACCAGGCUGGGGACGUCGGGAUCGUGCCGAGGAAUAUGGGGCAUUUUGUGGAGAAUGUGGGCGAUGAGGAGAUUGAGAUGUUGGAGAUUUUUCGGGCGGAUGAGUUUCGGGACUUUUCGCUGUUUCAGUGGCUGGGGGAGACGCCGAGGCGGAUGGUGGUGGAUACGUUGUUUAAGGGGGAUAAGGAGGCGGGGGAUAAGUUUUGGAGGGAGAUUGAGGAUGCCAGGAAGGAUGAGGUGACGAUGCCGCCGGGGAAGGAGGAAGAGGCGGCUAGGGCGGCUGCGGAGGCUAUUGCGAAGGUGUUGGGGGAUUUGUAA